AUGGCUCGUACAAGUUUGUCAACGGAAGCCGAUGAGGCCCCUCAAACACCACCACCGCAGACGCCCGCUCCUCCUCCACCGCCACCACAGCCGCCACUGCUAUCAAUGGCGCGAAUAGCCAUAAUUAUGAGGAUGAUCACCUUGGUAUUUCUGGUAUUGUCAGUGAGCCUCUUAGCUUCGAAUUCCACCACAAUCAGAGUUGGUGACUCCACCACCACCGUUCACUUCAACGAUAUUUACGCCUACCGGUAUGCACUUGCUACUGGUGUGAUAGGAUUGUCCUACACCUUCAUGCACCUGAUUUCUUCCUUGCAGCAAGUGAGAUCAGGAAUGCUCCUUAAUGAUCCCAAAUUUCUUCUGUAUGAGUUUAUUGGAGAUAAGGUGAUAUUAGCACUAGUGGCAACAGGGGUGGGUGCUGCAUUUGGUGCGACAGUAGAGCUGAAGGCAAAGAUGGAUGAUUUAGAGAAUGCAUAUGAAUUGUAUCUCGGAAUCACAGUGUUUGCCCCAAUCGUCUCCAAAUUCGACGACUUCUUCAAUAGGGCUUAUAUCCCCACAAUAUUCCUUCUCUUGGCAUUUCUUUCCACUGGACUUUCCUCCAUUCUCUCAUCUUUGGCUCUCACCAACAAGACCACAUAG